GAAAUGUUUGCACAAUGGUUGCGUUAAGUGUUUUUGUUGUAUUCAUGAAAUUCUAAUGUAAUCAGAACCGGCAUUUUAUGAAGCCCAAGAAUGCCCAAGAGACAACGGCGCUCUAAUGUGGACAAUCGCAAUGGCCGCCAUUGGCGCCCAGGGAACGGCCCAAACCGCAAAAUCGCCUCUAUGCGCCCCUGCCAUUAGGCGGCGGCCCGUGCGCUGAGUCGCACAACCUAAGCAACUAGCACCCCUAUGCUCGGCUGGCACAAGAGCCAAGAUGCCGUGCGUGAGCUUAUACCCCGCCUUGAGCCCGGGCUUGAGGAAGGCGAUCUACAGAGUGUCGGAGUAUCUUAUGGGAGACAUCGACACCUCGUCUGCUUUCCUCAAUUGUUCGACGGCUUCCUCGCGCACCAAGUCCUGCGAGAACCUUGUAAGCAGCGAUGCGGAGAGCACCACAGGAGACCGAGGAGGUGGAGGAGGAGGCGGAGGCGGCGGAGGAGGAGGAGGGGCCGGGAUGACGGGUGUCGGGCCCUUGGACACUUCGAAGGAACCCGAGGUCCUCACGCAGCAGCAGAUCGACGAGUACCUCUACAGACACGAACAGGGCGUUGACCACGCCCUCCACCGCGCCAAGGUCUGGAGCAAAUACGCCAAGGACGUGAUCUCCUACAUCGAGAAGCGCGCUCAGCUGGACAUGGAAUAUGCCAGGAAUCUCACCAAGCUUGCUCACACGAUCAGACCGGCGCUCAAGGAGGAG